GUGAAAUUGGCUUAACUCGAUUAUGACAUUUUGAUUUAUGUUGGUACGAAUGAUUUUUGACAACCUGAUGGCCGCUUGUCACGUCACUGUUUUUUCUUUCAGAAAUUCAGAAUCUACACGUCAACGUCAUCUUAGUUUCGUUUAUUGUUGGGUGUAAUGUUUAAUAAAAUAAUAAUAUUUUAGUAAAUUUGUGCCAUUUAAACGAAAUUACAAUGGUACUAAUUGCAGCAGCAGUCUGCACGAAAGCAGGCAAAACAAUUGUAUCUAGACAGUUUGUUGAAAUGACCAAAGCACGUAUUGAAGGUCUACUAGCUGCUUUCCCAAAGUUAAUUCCAACUGGGACACAACACACUUUUGUUGAAACAGAUUCAGUGCGUUACGUGUAUCAACCUUUAGAAAGACUAUACAUGUUGCUCAUCACAACUAGAGCUAGUAAUAUAUUAGAAGAUCUGGAGACCCUACGUCUAUUUGCAAGAGUUAUUCCAGAAUAUUGUAGGUCUUUAGAUGAAAAUGAAAUAGCUGAAAAUGCCUUUUCUCUUAUAUUUGCUUUUGAUGAAAUUGUAGCUCUAGGUUAUAGGGAAAGUGUCAAUCUGUCUCAAAUCCGCACUUUUGUCGAAAUGGAUUCACAUGAAGAAAAAGUUUAUCAAGCUGUUAGACAGAAUCACGAAAAAACCAAAGAAUCGUCGGAGUGCUUAAAGCACUUGACGCAACAGGCUGUGGUACUCCAGAAGAAGAUGAACGAAAUAUAUACCGGCAAAAAUGGCGCCUCACUUCCGCCCAUCCAAAUUCAACCGCCUUCCAUGGGAUCUGUAUUAGACAUGCUGAAUGUCAUUAAUGGCAUACUGUUUGUCCAAAUUAGUCAAGAAGAUAUUGAAAAUUUUAAGGCUGAAAUUGAGAAAAGACAAAACGAGGAGAUCGAAGAGCAGGAAUUGCAGGCGAUCCAACAGGAAAUAGCUAAUUAAUGAUUUUUGUUAGUUUUGCGAAUACGUAGUCAGAAUAGAAAUAUUUUUUAGUUCAAAUUUGGCGACAUGCACACUUACACCUAGUCAUACUAACCGUUAACCAUUCUAUUUUAUAAAUAAUAAAAAAAAAACAUUUUAUUUUGUUAGUAAAUUUUUACUGAAUAGAAUAAGCCAGGCAAAUGGCACCAUAACUGCAGUUUGAGUUACUCAAGCAACAUUUUUAAAAUAAAUAGUUACAAUAAUUAAAAUAAAACCCUAUUUGUUACCUAGAUUUGUAGUAGUAGUCAUAUUAGUUUUAAAAGUAAAAAUAUUUCAUAUUUGGAAAUUACAUUAAUGUAAUUUCUGUGCAGAUUGCUGUCAAAGGUCUAGGAACGCUUAAGAAGUCCCUUAAAGUCUGAUUUAUUGUGAAUAUAUCAUUAUUAGUAGGUGUUAAUAAUAAACUCAUAAAUAAAUGUUCUUUUUUUUUAA